CUUUACAUUAUUAUUUCGGCAUUAUUGAGUGUAGUAAACCUAACACUACAGCCCCGUACUUUAUAUAGUUGGUAUGUUUAAUACCUUAAAGCUUGUCUUUUUUAGAAAAAUGGGAUGAAUGCUCAAAUUAGAUAUGUCAUUAUUAUCGGUUUGUCGUGAUAGCUGUCACGUUGCCUGUCUUGUUUGUUGAACGGAGUAAAUGUUUUAACGUUAUAUAUUAAUUUAUACGUUUUCCUUUUUGUGGUCUGUUAUAAUAGAUGAAUCCCUAAAUUAGACAUGUAGCGUUACGUGACUUGAUUUCUUCUUCGUCGUUGCGCAACACCUUGUCGUCCUAUAUUUUACGUGAACUAAUGUUACCGCGUUAAGUUACGUCAUAUCCGCUCUUAGCACAGCAAACCCGGAAGUUCCCGUUUACGAGCUUGUUGGCGUAAAAAGAUAAUCGACAAACGUGUUUUUUUAUAAAGCGUUUUCAUGUAGUUUCCCUGCAGAUAUGCCGCGGUACUGCGCUGUGAAAGUUUGCAGAAACCGAGGGGGAACUGCAUCUAGACAAGACAACAAAAGAAUUAGCUUCUACCCGUUUCCUUUGCAAGACAAGCCCAGGCUUCAGAAAUGGGUGGACAACAUGAAGCGGGGGGAGUGGACUCCGAGUCGACAUCAGUACCUGUGCAGCGAGCAUUUCACAGAGGACUGCUUCGAUGUUCGAUGGGGCAUCCGCUACCUAAAGAACACGGCCAUCCCCACCAUGUUCCUCUGCGCUGAGGAUGAUGCCGAGGAAAAGGUUACACGCAUUAAAAGAAGCCCCAAGGCCAAACCCUUGACCUUUGACAUCGACUCUACUCUCAGCAAGAGGCCGCUGGUUUUUAGCGGAUCAUGUAAAAAUGUCCAGCCCUGCACCCCGAACAGCAUUGCUGCCGAAGCUGCAGAGAUGGCGUUUGAACUGCCUCCGGUGUCUGCGAUCGCCGGUCAGUCAGAUCUUACAGAGAUGCGCACUGCUCCUUGUGACUUACCAGGUGAUAGUAGAAGACCAACGGUGUCCUACCUUGCACUGUCCCCAUGCAGCGAUGCCCGUCCUCAGGACCAGGCUGAAUCCACUGUGACCGUCUUGUGCUGCGAGUCACUGGGUCUCCUGUCGGACGGAGAGGAGAAUGCGCAGGCGUCAGCGCUCAAAGCAGCGCUGGGUCAGACUUAUAGCUUCGUCCCGGUGCAAAUGGUCGAGGGCGAGCCGGCGGCCUGCUUUUCGGAGCGGACGGGGCCCUGCGAGCGGGAGCACAUUUCCCUUUGCGAGCACUCGUACUGCAGAUCGGACACAGACAAAGAGGAGCUUUGGCGUAAGAUCUUGAGUUUGCAUGCAAAGAUCUUGGAACUGGACCACAGAGAGGAGAGCACCUUAACCAAAAUCCAUGCUCUGGAGACCGAGGUAGCGCUCCUGAAGAGAGACGGUGUUGUAUUUAAAGCGAAGCAGAAGAUUUUGGAGGAUUAUAUAUCAUCAAUGUUGAUUGUAUGAGGAUUUUUCAAGCUAGGUACUGUGAAAUGAGAUUGUGGAUGUGCAGGGAUUUGUUGCCAUUGAGUCACUUGCUGCAAUGUCCCACAGCAGCAGAGUCUUUCAAAGCUCUCCUUAACGCUUUGUUCUGCAUUUCUCUUGUUCAUACGUCGAUAAGCCCUUUUUUGCAGCAAAAAAAAUGACUUUUUGUGGAAAAAGGUGCAAAGAGAUUAAAAUGAAUUAGGUCUGUCUUUCAUCAAGCUGUGUUUGUAUGUCACACUGUCAUGGCUUAUUGAGGUUCUUAUAUAGAACAGAGCUGUCUUUUGUUAUUUGUCACAACUGUGCUUCUGCCAUGUCUGCGGUGAGAAAACGAUUCAGUUUUCGUCCACACGGCGGCACUGGAGGAUCGUCCUCACAGGAAGCGUUUUGAAUCUUCAUCGAUUCAUGGCUUGUUGCUACGCAUCACUCCUACAUAUUUAUAUAUGUACUGUUGAUAUGACACGGACGUCAGGUGUGGUCAAUGCAUUAUAACGUAUUAACCCUUACCAUGAAGUAUGCUUGAGACCUAUUUAAUACCAUCAUUUACAGCUCACGAGCGCUGUGUUUUACUUGGGGGGGGUUGUUGUUGUUGUUGUUGCUGCUUGCUGUGUAAAUUCGCAUCAAAUCAAUGCUCGACUCGAACAAACCCAUUCAGAUGUCUGUUGCUGCUCUCCUUGUCAUUCACUCGGGUUCAUGUCCAUGCCAGCAGAGGCUCGUUUGAAUUCUGUGAUGUCAUCAUCGCCCAUACCGGCCACUUAUUCUGUGAGAUGUUCUGCUUUUAGAGAAAAGUCAAUGAUGGAUUUAAUUUGUUGUAGAAUGAUAAAUGUGUUUCCUAACAGGGGCUGUUUGUGGCCACUAUGUCCCCUUUUGGUUGUUUUAAACCCCCACAAUGACAGGAGCACGUAGUUGUUGCAGGAUUUAUCUGCCACAUUUCUACCCCAGGGCUCUAUUAGCCGUCAUAGUUUUUUGACCAAAUUAGGUACGUAUUCCUAUUGGAUGUAGCAUUCCAGAGCGAGCCGUCGGCGGUCUCUGCACUGUAGCUGGCCUGCUCAGAGAAUAGCUGGAACAGUGGAUGUGACUGUUAAGACAUUGUAUUUUUUUUUUUUAAUCAACUUUAAAUCAUCAAUUAUUUAGGCAAAAAAAAAUGCUGCAUACCUUUAUCUGCUUGUGAGCACAUGCAGGGGUUUUAAAAGGCAUUGAGAGGCAGAGGAAGGGGUGGAAUCCAAAUAAAUGAUUGCACACGUGCGUUUGUGAAGUGCAAUUUUAAAUGUC